AUCUAUGUGACUGCUAUCCCUCACCUAUCCUCCGCCUCCUCUCAUCACUUGUCUCCUGGAGCCGCUAUAUAACCCCCUGAGUCUCAUCACAGCCCCCAGAAAUAAAGCAAAAAAUCCACCCAGCACCUGCAACUCUGUACUGGAUCCACUGGAGAGGUUAUGAGACUACCACUGCCAGGGAGACCAUAAGACUACAGAUUUAAAGAUGACCAAGUCCUAUCGCGAUAAUGGGUUGAUUCUGACCGAGACCCAAGGCUCCAGAGGUUGGGUGGAUGAAUGUCUGAGCUCCCAGGAUGAGCACGACCUGGAGAAAAAGGAGGAAGAGUUAGAGGGGAUGCUUAAAGAUGAAGACGAAGACUCUCUAAAGCAUCACAAUGGAGAGGAGCUGGAGGAAGAAGGGGAGGAAGAUGACAAUGAGGAAGAUGAUGAUGAGGAGGAGGAGGAUGAUGAUGAAGAUGAUGACGACCAGAAACCCAAGAGACGUGGACCCAAAAAGAAGAAAAUGACUAAAGCUAGAGUGGAGCGCUUUAAAAUGAGGCGCAUGAAAGCCAAUGCCAGGGAGAGAAAUCGCAUGCAUGGUCUGAAUGCUGCCCUGGACAAUCUGCGCAAGGUUGUCCCCUGUUACUCAAAGACGCAAAAGCUGUCUAAGAUCGAGACUCUGCGCCUGGCUAAGAAUUAUAUCUGGGCACUCUCUGAGAUCCUAAGAUCUGGGAAAAGUCCAGAUCUGGUGUCAUUUGUGCAGACUCUUUGCAAAGGCUUGUCCCAACCUACCACUAACCUAGUAGCUGGGUGCCUUCAGCUGAACCCUAGGACUUUUCUUCCAGAAGAGAACCAGGACAUGCCCCCACAUAUGCAAGCUGCCAGUGCUUCCUUUCCCCUACACCCCUAUCCCUACCAGUCUCCUGGUCUUCCCAGUCCUCCUUAUGGUACCAUGGACAGCUCUCACAUCUUUCAAGUCAAGCCCCAUUCUUACGGGGUUGCAUUGGAGCCUUUCUUCGAGAGCACCGUCACUGACUGCACCAGUCCUUCAUUUGACGGUCCCCUCAGUCCUCCUCUGAGUGUCAAUGGGAACUUUUCUUUCAAGCAUGAACCUUCAUCGGAGUAUGAUAAGAAUUAUGCCUUCACCAUGCACUAUCCUGCCACUAUAGCCCCCAGCCAUGGGGCUAUGUUCUCCAGCGCAGGACCACGAUGUGAAAUCCCAAUAGACAGCAUUAUGUCCUAUGAUGGCCAAACACAUCAUGAAAGAGUGAUGAGUGCCCAGCUUAAUGCCAUCUUUCAUGAUUAACUCUUGAGAGAUCAAAUAAGUGACACUGGUGUAUCUAUAUAGUACUAUCUUGUUUACAAACUGUUACUAAAGCUGGAAAGUGCAAAAUGUCCUAUCACCCCAUUGAGUGAAGUUCUAUCUUUACUGCCUGUAAACCAUAGGAUCGGAUAUUCCUAUUGACCUGCUGUAUUAUUAUGUAUAUACUGUACCCCAAGCCCCAAUAAUUACCCUUCUAAACUACACAUAACUAUAUCCACAUCGUGUUAUUAUUUUAUCUGGAUCCAGAUAAUAAAAAAAAAAAAAAAAAACAUGGGGAAAUAAUAAAUAAAUAAUCAUAAAGCAAUAAUUAGGAUCUAUGCAAUUUUAAUAGUGGGCCAACUAAAGAAAUAUAUAGAAUUCUAUUUUUCAACCAACCUUUUACUACUAGCUGUUGUAAACCCAUUGUUGGAUUAUUUUGUGAGUUUUGUACAGAAUUUCUAAUGACUUUUUUAUAAUGUAAUAAUUUCCUAUUUUAAAACCAUGCAGCUCCAUCGAUUUUUUUUUAAAGAGAUCAGGAAGUAGAAUUAUAUAUAAUUUAUAGAAAAAUAAAUAAAAUAAAAGAUUAAUAAAAAAAAAAUUAAAAAAAAAAUUAAACCAGCAGCAAAGUGCUUAGAAAGUUGUGUUGCCUUAGAAGUUUUUUUAUCACCCAGAUCCGUUAUUUAAAAGCUAAAAAAAGGAGGAAUGGUGUGCAGUCCUUAGUGCACAUGUUUAAAGGGUUAAUGUGGAGAUCAUGUCUGCAGAGGGCCAUGUUCUGGGUUAUUAUAAACAGAUCAUAACCAUUCUGUUCUAUGGCUUAAAGGGGUAUUCCAGUAAAAAAAAAUAACUUUUUUUUUUAAUAUAUUUCAACUGGCUCCAGAAAGUUAAACAGAUUUU